AAUAAUAACAAAAGAACCAAAAAGAAAUAUAUAUUGAAAAACGAAAGAAAAAAAGUUCUAAACGAAAAUUUACGUUUGUUUUAAAACCUAACGAUGAUGAACAGUCAGUUUUUUAACGCAGAGUAGAAAAGACCUAUUAAAUUGAGCUAAAAAAAAUUCUAAACAAAAAUAAAAAUCAAAACAAAUUAAACAUUGAAUAAAUAAUUAAAUUAAUUAUUACAGUAAAACAAGUUAAAUAAAUAUUUAAACAAAAAUGCAAGUUUUGGAACAAAGAGAAUCAAUUUUAAAUUCUUCCAAUGAAAUAUUUGAAGGUUGUAAACAACAAGUGGAAGGCAUUAAUACAAAAUUAGAUGAAAAUCAAUCACAAAGUUUUCAAAUUAACCCGGUAGUGCCAAAUUUUCUGGGAGUUUCACAAUUGCUGCUCAGUCUUUAUCUAUGCGGGGCCAGUGUUAUUACACCUCAGAUGUUAACACAACUUGGCAUUAAUUUUGUCAUUAAUGUGGCCUCAGAAUUACCCGAUACUCCUCUGCCUACAGCAACUAAAAUUUUAUAUUUACGCAUAAAUGUCUUGGACAGUACUCAUACGGAUCUGUUAAAACAUUUUGAUGAGGUAUCAGAUAUGAUUGAAGAAAUAAGACGUAAUGGUGGCAAAACUUUGAUACAUUGUGUGGCCGGUGUCAGCCGUUCGGCCACUUUAUGUCUGGCCUAUUUAAUGAAAUAUGGUCAAAUGAAUCUUAAAGAUGCCUUUUUACAUGUCAAAUCCAUACGUCCACAAAUCAGACCAAAUUCAGCUUUUAUACAACAGUUGCGUUGCUACGAGGAACAACUUUUGGGUUUACAAUCGGUUAAAAUGAUUUUCAUGGAAUGUUUGCAGAAAGAGAUACCCGAUGUUUAUGAAGCUGAGUACCGUGCUAUGGAAGAUUUCUAUCAGAGGCAACGUACCAUUUUUAGAAAACGUCAAGAAGACAAAGCUAUUAAAACAUAAGUUUCUUUAACAGAAAAGUUCCUAAUAGAACAAUUCAACAGACCACAGGGAUGUGAAGAGCUUUCACACUAAACAACUGCUUAACAUUGCAACGUUUUUCUUUGUUCUGUUAUUUGUAUGUGUGUGUGUUUAGUAAACGAAAGCUUAUAAUUUGCAGCGUGAUUUUUAUCUUCAGCAAUGGACAGAGAGAAAAUCACUGGGCCAUAUAGUGAUGGAAUGAUUUUUAGAUAUAUGUGCUUGUUUUAGAAAAAUAUUGAAAAUAGAUUUUUCACAAAACUAUAAUGUUUCAAACUGAAAAUUUCAAAAAAUGUUUUUAGCACAAGUAGUUAAACGAGCACCUUAGAUGCAACUUUAGACAAUCACUCUUAAGAUGUUUAAGAAAAUAAUUUAUAAAUUUAUUGUUAUUUUAAAAGUUUAUUAAAAUCUAAAUAAAACUUUUUAACUCUUAAGAGUAAUAACCAAAUUUUGAUCUUAUAAU